AUUUAUUGCACUGAGUUCCUGUUUCAAUUAUCAUGUCAUCUCACGUAUCGUUCUUUUACGAACAUAAUAACCAGUUUUGGUCAAUAUGAAAGCAGAAUCUCUGAAUAUGACAGGAAACUCGGGAAGAACUUGGAACUUGAGUGAAAUUGCAUACCCUGUUUAUAAUAAGAAGCUCGAAAAACCAUACCCUGUUCAGCGGAUCAUCCCCGUAUAGUCCAUAUAUGGGAGUACCCCCCGGGCUGCCAAUAAACCCUUUUCAAAUUAGUCAAUAACGUUGUCUUUUUUUAUCACAGCCUCAUUUAUACAGGGUUAACCUCAAUUCAGUAUCUAAAAUAUAUUCACAGAUAUAAACAAUAUACUAAAGAAUUUAGAACUUCAACUAUACAAGCGCUUCAAAAUUCAAUAGCUUCACUGAAAUGCAUGAAUAUUCAAUGUAAUUUCAUACGAAAUUGAGGCUAACCCUGUUGAGCAGCAAAUUUAAAACUGGAGUGCUUCUCACCAGUCCUUGAAGGAUUGUUUUGACAUACAGUUUUUAAUUACUGUAGAUCUAUUUAGUCCCCGUCAUUAUUCUUGUUGACAAUAUUUUGAUGUGUUUCCAGGAUACAGUAGCUCUGAUUCAGCCACCAAUGGCCCCCUCUGAGCCAAGAUACAUUUACAUCAAUAACUGAGGAACUCGACCCCAAGGCUGGAACAGGCUGUCCCAUGACUAUGGGCCAGUUGGUCCGAAGCUUCCUGUUGAAGCUGGAAUGGUAUGGUACUCUUUUCCCUCGUAUCCCGGUACCAAUCCAGAAAGACAUUGAAAGAAAACUGUCUGAGCUGAAUCUCUGUGAUGAUCACAAAAGGACUGCUAAUGAUGGAUGGAAGGAAGAAAAUCGUGAAAGAGCCAGCCCAUCAAGGAAUGGAAGAAUUGACAGAGUAUCCAGCGAUCGUGAAAAUGAAAGAGGACGGGGCUCUAGUGACCGUGACCGUGAGCGCUCACGUUACAGUCGUGACCGAGAUUCACGCCCUAAAAGAAGUAGAAGCAGAAGCCGUGAAAGGUCCCGUCGAGAUCGUGAUAGACGAGAUGACCGUGAUCGUGACAGACGUGAUCGUGGCCGUGAAAAGCACCGAAGCAGAGAACAUGACCGUCAACGGAGCAAAGACCGCCGUAGUCGGAGUCGAAGUCGAAGUCAUGACAGAAAAAGAAGUCGCAGCCAUGAAAGAAAAAAAAGUCGCCACAGCGAUGACUAUGACUCCAAAAGCAAACAUCGAGACCGAUCAAGAAGCAAAGACCGCCAUAGUCGAAGUCGUAGUCGAAGUCAUGACAGAAAAAGAAGUCGCAGCCAUGAAAGAAAGAAGAGGCGCCACAGCGAUGACUAUGACUCCACAAGCAAACAUCGAGACCGAUCAAGAAGUAGAUAAUUUUUCUUAACUUAUUUCUUUUUUUGUUUGUUUUUUCUAUUUUUGUUCAUAAAUGUCUACUCGCUUGUACAAAAUAUCAUUUAAUUAUUGUUGUGAUUUUAAAGACCCUGCGACAAGAAUUCGUACAUUUUAUCCGUGGAUUGUGUCACGGUUACCAAAAAGUUCGGACGGCGUUCUCUGAUUUCCAUACAAAUUCACUGACUUUAAAGAGAAAAUGUAGGUAGAUUUCUUUAGUUAGCUAUCUUAACAGCAGUAAGAAAAGCUUCAAUCAAGCUAGAAAAAUGAUAAUUUACUUGUAUUUAGAGAACUAACUAAACGAACCAAGUAAAUAGUUCAUUUAAAGUCAGUACAUUUGUACGGAAAUUCAAGAAUGUCCGAACUUUCUGGUGACAGUAACGCAAUCUAAAACAAUUUAUACUUCGUGACGGCUAGCGCCGAAAAGGUGAAUAGUUUCUCUCACCUGAUUAUGCUUUUUAUGCCUGUGACCAAAGCAUCUCCCUACGUAGCACAUUAUUCUGUGAUUGCCAGACCCAGACGUCUAAAAGCUAUCAAAUCUUUUUAGGGUAGUGUAAUGUUAGUGCAACCAUCUUUCAUCUCUGGGUUCUAGGGUUUGAUCCCCAACAUCACAUGGACAGGGCAGAAAAACGGUUUUUGGCCUUUCGCCAUAAGGACAGCUGUACGUAUUUAAGCUCAAUAUUUUGUAAACACGUUCUUUUGGAGCAAAAUAGCAAAAUAUUAAAUGCGACCAAAAUUUAUUGAAUGCAUAUUUGAAAUACAAAACGUGUACUGUGGAGAGGUGAUAUUUUGAUCAGCAGAAAAACUGACAUUUUUGUGAAUGCUAAGUAGAUUUUUACUCUAAUGGCUCGACAAAAUUUCCUCAAGUUUUGAGCAGCAGUGACACAGAGGAAACGCUUAAAAAUUUGAAGUAUCAAACUCAGUUAAAUAAAAAAUCGUGAAAGUAGCGGGCUUGUUGUUUUUCUGCUCUGUCCAUCACAUGCGAUUAGAGUUUGUUAGGUUUUGUCUCUUGACUGAAGGGUUUUUCUCCAGGUUCACAGGUUUUUCUCCCUUCGGAAAACCUAACAAGAAAAAUACCCCAGUUUUGAGUUCUCUGUUGCUCAGGGCUAGCCUCGACUUUGUGGAGAAUAUUCAUGUAUUGCAGUGAAGGUCUGUGGAAUUUCAAAGUGUUUGUAUUGUUGAAGUUGUGCAUUCUUUACUUAACUGUUGGUAUUUGUGAAUAGUUAGACACUGAUUCACUGAUACAAGGCUA